CAUGUGGGUCUCUACACUGAGCGCUACACGCACGUUUAGAUGUUUGUGUUUAUUUUAUUUUAGUGUUGUUUUAAUAUGUCCGACUCAUAGCUAGUUAACCUAGGUUUGUAGAUUACGUUUUUUUUCUAUUUAGCUUGAUGCUAAUGCUGCUAUUUUGUUCCGCGCAUAAGAAAUUAAGCAGUUAGAUAAUCAGAAGCCGUGAUAAAUGCUGAUAGAUAACUAGGUUAGAUAGGUUAGCUAGCUUAGCUAGAUGUAGACUAAAUACUUUAACUAAGAUAAUUUAGCGGAUCACUGUCAUCCCCUUCCUUCCUCCACAGGUUUUUUUGUUGCUCAGUGUUGAUGAUGGUUAAUUAUGGGAAAUUUCAGGCUGUUCCCAUAGCUGAUAUAUUUUUCCACCACGGUGUAUUAGACGAGAUGACCAUACACUGCCUGUGUUCCAGAGCUUUUGUCAAUGAUCGAGAACUGUAUCGGUCUGAUUUUAGAUCCCUGCAGGCUCUAACAGACAGCAGACAGAAUGAUUUAACAGACAAUGUUGAGGAUGUUGAUGAUGAGGGAUAUAGCCACUCUGAAGAUGAGGAGGAUGUGGAAAUGGAUGAAGAGAUGCUCCUUAUGGCAAGUUUGGGUCUGCCGGUAGCGUUUGCCAGCUCAUCUGCGCAGAGGAAAGCGAACAAGUGGACUGGCUACUCUCCGCACAGAGGGACAAAGAAAAUUAGCGAUGACCACGAUGAGAUGCUCUCUGACCAGCAGGAGCCACAGCUGGAGGCAAGAUUGGAGCCUCAGCUGGAGCCAGUCUCCGAUAAGAGAGAUCAGGAGGAGGAAAAAGAGGAGGAACAGGUUCUUACAGAGAUGCUGCAAGAAACCCCUGCUGACCCAGAGUCUGCUGUCUCUGAGGAACCAUGGCAGAAGUACUGGCAGCUGCAUGGAGAGAGCCUGCUGUGGGCUGGUUGGGUGGAGAAACACCCCCAGUUCUCUAGUGAGGAGGCUGUGGCUCCAUGGGACUGUCCCGAGUGGAAGGAGGCCUGGGACGAGCACAGCAGCCAGGCAUACCUCUGUUACUGGGAGCAGUUCCACUACUGGGCUGCUCAGGGCUGGACUGCAGAUGAGUCCUGCAGUUUGACUGAAGCUGCUGAUGAUUCUGUUUGUGAUAAUGGACAGCAUGAACUGUGUGGCGGAAAAGAACUGGAGCUAGAAAAGAAUGAGCCGUCCUCUGACUGUGGGGAUCAGACCUCAGGGAUGCUAGAGUGUGCACCAGAAGUAAGUUCCCCCAACAUUGCUGAACGUUUUGAUGCUCUAAACAUACAAACAAGUGAAUGUGAUCUUAACGACAGCCGGCAGAGCUUGGAUUGUUAUUGCGCAGAUGAACCCAGUGAUGGCGGUGACCGGAAAAGGCUAUCAUCCUCAGGCAACGUCAGCAGAGAUGAGGACAAUAAGAAACCAGACUGUAAAUCUACAACUAAUCAAAAUGACCAGCCACGGAGGAGUGAAUCUAACGAAGGAGAUGAGAGUGAUGACGAUGAUCCACCAAAUGGGAGAAGAGCAAAAAUGAAAAGAAGCCAUGAGCUGGAUGUUGAGGAGCUCGCUCAGAUGCCUGCAGAGGAGGCGUGGGAAACUCUAGGCCUCAAACGUGGCCCACAGCUCAAGUUCACGAGCGUUCUGAAGUUCCGUCAGACUCCAGGCCGGCGCUGGGGCAGUCAGAGCGGAGCAGGCUGGAGACCCUCAGGACGGAAAGCUGCCUGUAAGAUCAACAAACACAUUUUCUUCACUGAGGAUGGAGAGACCACAGAGCCCAAGAUCAGCCAAACUCUGCAGAAAGUACAGAGUUUUCUACACAAAGUCCAAACUGAACCUAAGACCAGCACAGAGAAAACAACGACAACCACAUUGGAAACCCCACCUUCACAGGCCAGACUAAUCACAGAGGAUGAACAUGGCUCUACACGUGCACAGGAAGAGUGUAAGGAGACUCAGGAUCCUAGCUCAGGGUCUGGAGAGCAUGUUUAUGAACAGCCUGUAUUCCAAACAGAACCAGACCUAGAACCAGAGCAGGAUAGUGAUACUGACCCCAGGAGGGAGCUUCAGCCACUGGACAUACCAGACUACCUUCUGCCUGAUGCUCCAGAGGGCACUGAAGAAGAUAAAGCUACAUCCUCCAAGAAGAAGAAAAAGAAGAAGGCGAGAAGGAGACAGAGGAAAGAUGUGGAGGUGCCUCCUGAGAUUGCAGCAGAGCCAGAGCUGGCCAAGUACUGGGCACAGCGCUACCGUCUGUUUUCUCGCUUCGAUGAGGGCGUUAAACUGGACCAUGAGGGAUGGUUUUCUGUCACUCCUGAGAAGAUAGCCGAGCACAUCGCUCAGAGAGUGCAGGAAACUUCAGGCCUGCAGCUCAUCGUCGAUGCCUUCUGUGGUGUUGGUGGAAACGCCAUUCAGUUCGCCCUCACUGGGAAAAGAGUGAUAGCUGUUGAUAUCGACCCAGUGCGGUUGGCGCUGGCCCAGCACAACGCGGAGGUGUAUGGAGUGGCCCAGCUCAUCGACUUCAUCCAGGGGGACUUCCUGCAGGUAGCCCCACGCCUGCGGGCUGAUGUGGUCUUCCUCAGCCCCCCGUGGGGAGGCCCGGAGUAUCUCAGCGCUGACGUCUUCGACAUCAAGACCAUGAUGAGCCCUGAUGGAUUUGAAAUUUUCAGGCUGUCCAGAAUGAUUUCGGAAAACAUUGUGUAUUUUCUCCCUCGGAACGCUGAUAUGGAGCAGAUUGCAGCUCUGGCAGGCCCUGGUGGGAAAGUGGAAGUGGAGCAGAACUUUCUCAAUAACAAACUCAAAACUAUAACUGCAUACUUCGGCAGUUUGAUAAAGUCAGAUUCUUAGUUUCGGUAUUAUUAUUUUAACUCCCUCUCCUUUUGUACUUUAUACACAGUUCUAAUAAUGUUCAGUGGAUUCUGUACUAUAAUGUACUAUAAUGUGUCUUUCUGUAUGUUUUAUCCUACCAUCCUUUUUUUUUACAAGUUAUACCUGCCAUGUUUGUAAAGGGAAUUGUUUGUUUAUUUGUUUUUUUAAUAAAUUAAAGUUCAUGUCCUUU